AGAGGUUUUUCGUUUUCUGUGUGGAUCGUUCACUAUGUUUGAUUCCAAAUUCGUAACAUUCGUGAUUUCUGCGGAAGAUGAGUAGAAGACAUGAAAAAUGUGCUGGAGCUGUGAGAACCACUGCUCUGAGUGGUGGCUCCUCCAAAAUAUUGAUGCGAUCUCCACCUGCGUAGUUUGUUAAGCCGAGAGGCCGCUGCGUUCUCACUCCGUCCUUGUCUGCACACGUCGCUUCUUGUGAUGGCGCUCAGGAGUUUUUGCUAAGAAGGAGCUGGUUGCGGCUUUGGUCGCAGCACGGUGGUAAGGUCUUGCACGUCGCUCGCUGUGAAGAUCAUGCCGCACAAGUGUUGCGAGUAGCCAUGAGGAAAGACUUCUUGCAGUUGCACGUCAGCAGCACGAGCACAGUGACGAGAAACAAGAUUUUGAAGUGGAGCAGACAGCAGCUAUCUUGUUCAUCGAGGCCUCAAUCAUCUUCUAUUAUUAACCGUUCUCCCUUGCAGCCGUGGCCCACGGAUCAACGCCCCCGCUGUGGUGCUCCGUUCAGCUCACUGCUCGGCAGAUGUUGACCUUGCCGUGCUGGCACGUCGCGCAGUCCUCGGUGGUCCUGUCAACACGAAUUUCGUAUGGGUGCAAACUGCAGCGCGUCGUGCGCUCUGACCUGCUACGUGUGCAUCAACAAGUGCAAAGUCGACGAGAUUCGGAACCGGUUUUCCUUUCUGCCCCCGACCCCACCUAGCUACACGAUCGUGAAGAGACCGAAUCCGAAGGAGGACGAUCACGACCAUGGCGCGACCGCCGGAAGUGGUAAGAACCAACUGCAGCGGUACUACCUCUUCUACACCAUCCGCGAACUGAAGACGCACAUCGUCUACCGGCAAGCGCAAGAAAAAGUGGCGGUCUACUUGCUGCGGAACACUGUGACGGAUAAGAAAACGACACUGGUCUCCCUCUUUCGAAGGAAAGGAAAUUUUUACGGAAUCACAUCUUCUUCAAGAAGGAGGGGCAGUGGGGGAGUUGUAAGGGAUCAACAUGAUGAUACGGAACAGGCAGGGAAUCAUGAGGUCGACCGAAAUAGAAACUUCGUGCUCCUCCAUUGCCACGGGAAUGCAACGGAUAUGGGGCUCAUGCUCCCCGUCUACUACGACCUGUCUGAAACCCUCCAGAUUGACGUGCUGGGGGUGGAGUACAGCGGCUACGGUCCCAUCGCGCUGGAGAAGGCGAAAGACGGAGUAUUGUGAGGAAAAAUGCCCACAACCCAGAACUUGGGAGCAUUUGUAUUGCAAACCUUUCCAAUGAAAACACUCGCCCUCUUGAUGCUUGUAUCAGCAUGACAGAUUUAAUAUUUCAACCGUGAAUAGCAAAAAUUUGUAUUGCAAAAGAUCCCAGCAAGAGCGGUGCUUGUCAUGCAGGCGAUGCUGUAUACGACGACUAGACUCUGCAUCAGAAAGAUCCAUAGUCCUACUUUCAUGCAUGACAAAAGGUUUUCAGUUGGAAACUUCGCAUCACAACUUUCGGGGUGGGGGCGUUUUUCACUGUAAUGCGGAGCCGCGACGACCGCUACCCAGCUGGCGGCGGAAGCAGGGCAGUUCACUGCGGUGCUGGACCAGGGUAUGCAAGAAAAAAGUGUUACAGUUACACAUUGUGUUGCAGGAGCCGCAAGACAGACAACCUUUGUCAUGCAGGAAAUGCUUGCGAGUCUCGUUUCCUACGUAUUUUCCCUUAUUAUCUUUGCAUUACUGCCACACAGAGAAAAUUUGUGAUGCAGAAAGUCCAACAAAUGUGUGACUGUAACACUUUUUUCGUGGGAUACCGGGCAGUGGUGCAGCAGCUGCACCACCGUCGGGGGAGAAGAAGAUGAUACCGCGGGAAGCACAACAACUCAAGAACAACAAGCCUAUCGUAUUGAAAGGAAAAAUCCCCCCUCCCCAUAUUGAAAAGGUAUGACUUCGAAAAUUUGUGUUGCUGAUUUGAGGUCACAAAUCAUAUUUGUCUAGCAAGAAGACAAGGGCAGGAGCUUUCGCCCCAUUAUGGCAGCGAUUUGCCAUGCUGUUGGGCCUAAAGGGGAGCCGUUUGCUAUGCUGAACAACUAGACACAUGCGCCCCGAUCCAGCCUGGAGAUCUGCCCGCAGUGCCUCUCUGCAAUACAAAGCUGAUUUGUGUACGCAAAUCCAGCAUCAGAAACUUCCUUUUGAUAUGGGGAGGGGGAUUUUUCCUUUUGAUAUAUCGUCCCCCACUUCCGCCAUGUGACGGGGGACGCGUUAUGAAUUGCAAAAGUAUCGUACUAGUAGUAGUUGCAAAUGGAAUUUGUCAUGCUGAUUUGCCUUGGGAGCCAGAUUUGUAAUGCAUGGUUGCGAUUACUACGAACGAGUGCGAUACUUUUGCACAGGAUACGCGGACGCGGCCUACAAGUUCCUGACGGAGGAGCUGCACUACGACCCGCAAAACAUUAUUCUGUACGGACAGUCGGUUGGCACGGGGCCCAUCGUGGAGCUGGCCGCAAAGAUCAAGUCGCAGUGUGGUGGGGUGAUCCUCCAUUCCGCGAUGCUCUCCGGAAUCCGGGUGCUGGAUCCCAACCCGGAGGGUUGCUGCAAACCCAGCACCACGUUCGUCUGCUUUGACUUGUUCAAAAAUGCGGAAAAAAUCCGGCAGCUUACCUGCUAUGCAUCGCAAAUAUGUCUGGGUCUGGAAGGUUAGAACUUGUGAUGCUAACUUUGGACUCUAAAAAAGUCUGUAUUGCAUGACCAGCAAGAGAGACCCAGUUUCUGCUACGCGGGGAGGGCAUUUGUCAUGCGGGAUAGGCAUCAGGAAGGCCUCUAAAAAUAUGUGAUGUUAGAUCAUGCAUUAGAGACAAACUGAGUCAUGCGAAAUAUGCAUGACAAACCUGGCAACCUUCCAGACCCAGACAUUUUUGCAUUUCAUACCUGCCCCGUGCUGCUGAUUCAUGGACGACAGGACACCGUGGUGCCCUUCGCGCAUUCGCAAAAGCUCUUCACAAGCAUCGAGGAGUCUAGGAGGUAAUGUUUGGUUUUUUUUCAUGCUUGUUUAACCUAUCACUCCUGCUAUGUAUCGUCCGUCGUAGCUUUCUUGUGCCCGAAUGAUUUCGAACGAAGAAGUACUUCUAGAAGAAUACGGUUUAGGUUUUCAUUGCUUUGGUCGUAACUACCUAAACGUAGUAACUUCGUCGUUCUAGUGAAGAUUGUCGAUUAGAACCUCCUCGGUCAAUGUUGUCCGAAUGAAAGACGACGAUUUGUGUAUGCGCGAUAAAGAAGAAUGAACGUAGUCUGUCGGUUCCGUUCGUCACGUGUGCGGUUUCUAUGAUUUUCUCAACAUCAGAAAAACUCGUCUUGCUUCCUUUUCGUAUAGCAAAGACGGUUUAGAAUGCUUCUUGCAUUUGCAGCUUUCGUACAACACAAGGAAAAUAUUAUCGGAGGUAUUUGAUGGACGGCAUCACGACUGCCUCCACGCGGAAGAAGUAUAUCGCAAUGAACUCUGAUAGUUUAGCAAAAUUCCGUAUAAUUAUCCGGAGGUUGUACCUUUGAUAUUGUUCGUACAAAGUGAAAGAUGAGUACUAUUGCUUCGAAUAAAAAGCAUCGUUUGUCGUCGACCUAAUUUUUGCAAUGUAACUCGACAGGAAUUACACCCCCCCUUCGUGAUAUCACUCUAUCAUUGCAGAUUUUUUUCUGAUUUGAUAUGUACAACUGCUCUGUCUUGCAUUUAUUCACCGGAGCUGAAGAACAGAACUUGUAACUCCUUGAGACCAGCACACAGUUUGAGUUUCCAUCUAGUAAUUAUCGAAAAAAAAAUGGCGUUUUCCACGUUUUCUUUUUUUCUCCUGUCGAUUUUGACUCGAAGUUGAUUUCGUGCAGAUUUUCGCCGACCACCGUCUCCUCCCGCGUCGCCACUGCAGUUUCUCCUCCGUGUAAGCAGAAUUUCCGACGCGGCUGGCCCCAGCACCAACUUGCCUUCAUCUUCGUUUAUUUUUCAGCAAAUUUCUACGUUCAAAACUUUCGUUCUCCCUGGUCGGAUCCAAGAAAAAGAAAAAUGCCUUGUCGGUUCUGCGAUCACCCAGUACAGUCUCUCGUCGCUUCGACUCAGAAUUCUCUUCGGUCUGUGACGCCGUGUCGGGCACAAAAGUAGCUCUGUCUCCGAUUAACUAGCACGAUCCAAAAGCCACACCGUCUGUACUUGACAUGCUUGUUGUUUUACAGGCAUUAUUGCUCGGAUAACAAGUUGAAGAAUCGACGCAAGGAGAGAGAUGACGACAAAGUAAGCCCCUAGGUAGAAGAAGUACUACUGCGUCUGUCCUUUCGCUUCGUAGCGUAGCGUUAACGUAGAACUGUUUUUUCUUCGUCAGGAAAGCAACAGGACUCGUAGCGUGAGGAAAGGCUUCGUAGCGUGAAAGGCAAAGAGGUCAAUAAGUACGUCAAAACAGAUUCAGUCUUGCGCCAGCCUCCAGAUUUUUGCAAGAACUCGUAGCUCUGAUAGCAAUGUCGUAGCGUAGAUCUGUCCUCGUAAUCAUAGAAUUUCGUAGCGUAGCGUAUGAGUUGUUGCGGAAAACAUGAAAGGGCAAAAAUGAUCGAAAAAAAGGAUCGGAGACGAGAGCUGUGCGUCGAAUCAGAAAAAACGCGUCUGUUUGUGGUCUUGCAUGGAAAAGAGACAGCAACUUCUUCUAAUAUAGAGACUUGAGCAAGCUUAUUCUGUGGCGUUAGGUAGUACAGACAUUUUCGGUUGCGAGCGUCGUAUAGCAGAAGUCAGUGCGGUCUGCGGUCAGAGCAAAAUACAGCAACGUCGGGCACCUGCGAAUUCUAUUACCUACGUAUGCGCAAAAGAAGUAGAACUACAUCUCCUGCGAGUCCUCGUCGUGCGCCCCCUCUGCUCCGUCUGUCGUAACAACGUCUACUUACACGUCUGUAAUGCGUCUUCACGUGGGCAAAUUAACCGAGUACGUCUCUCCGUACUUUGGUAAAGCUGCAAAGGAAACAAGUCGGGUAUGCCGUGCAAAAAAUCGUCGGGCACUAUGCUUCUAUGCCGUACAACAAGAACCACGUCAGCAGGAGCUCCUGUCGGGAUGACCAACAGCAAGAACGACCGUGCGAACAACUACUACCACGAUAUUACCGUAAUAUCUCGGCGAUAAAAAUUGGAACAAUAACAUACCUCAAAAAAUAAAAAUCGGUCGUCCAAAAUUGCUUCUCGUCUGUACUAGAUUUAUUUGACGUGCGUGCGUGCGUACAAAUGAGAUCAACGACGUGAGGGAAGGAGCUGAGCAGCGCGACGUAGUAACUAUGACCGUUCACAACCACAAGCGAAGAGCAAAGCUCGAUAAAAAAUCAAUCCGGUUCCCUAGCUUAAUAAUGAAAAAUCUCUCGGGCCCUCGUUUUUUGUCAUCACAGUGAGCGUAUGAACGUGCAAAGGGAAUUACUACUGCUCUACUCGUCUCGCGAGAAGCACAGAAGUAGUAAAAUAUCCGUCCAAAAGAGCUGGCGCCACUAUGGGCAGCAAAUGCAUACUAUCGAUCAACACGUCUGUCAAUAUUUGCAGAAAAUAAAGAGAAUUCGGGCUUCGUUCUUUGUCUUUGCUGUCGCAACGUGCGGAAACGACUCGAUCACAAAAUCUGUCGGCCCAUCCCGUCUUUCGUACGGAGAAAAUAUCGCCAAGAGCUGUCUGUCUAUCGAUUUGCAUAAUUGUCAAGAACUUUGAAUAAAGCGUCCUUACCGUACACGAGCGUGAUCAAAAAAGCGGAAAAAUAUGAAAGAUCGGGCACUACAACGAAACACGACUGUACUUCACUACUCGGGCCAUUUUUUGCAACGUUUGCUUCGUUCGCUUGACCACACGUAAAAAAAUCGACAAUGUGCGAUCGACUUGUAGUCCCUUUACCGUGCGAAGAUGAGCCAAGGUAGUUUAGAACCUGGCAAAAAGCAACAAUUUUGCAUGACAAGUUGACGUAUAGCACUAUAACUAUGCUCUAGAGGGACUUCGUUGCCCUCCAAGGAGCUUCUCAAAUUUUCAGAAAAAGCUCUACCCGACUGUCUCUUUGUCAUGUUGAAACACUGUAAAAGUGCACCAACAUUUAAUUUUGUUGUCGCACAACGAACGCACUGUCUCGACAUGACACUGGGACUAAGGGUAGAGGCUUGGUAUUGUUUCCCCCAAUCAAAAACAAGUCUAGCAAGGUUGUCUUUGUGCUGUGUGAUAGUCCUAAAAACGCCGGUGAACAUCAAUUCUGGUCCUCUUUGUAGACUAUACCUGGAACAAGAAGUACAAAAAUCUAUGUAUGAUCAUGUAGCCCGACCACAACUUCGAUCACAACCUCUAAAACAUGCUCACGUCGCAUAUAAAAUUUCGAAGACAAUCAAACACUCAAAGUGUCGUGUUACUGGCAUGGCACCAUCACAUUUUCCGCAUUUGAUACUACAACUCUUAUGUGUUGAAAAAACUGAAUUUUGUGUCCUCUUCAUGUUUGUCGCUUCUCUUUCGCUUAUCGGACCCGUGGUUUCAUCUUGGAGAGUUUUGUUGUGCAUUAAAAAGACAUCCUACCUCUUCUGGAGUGCUGGUGGUGUUUCUUCAUGCUAGGUACCCGCCGUAUUUUCCGCUGGAAGCCGGGCACAACGACGUGGUCGAGACCAACCCGGUAUCACAUGUAAAAAUGUCUGGGUCUGGAAGAUUGCUGAGCUUUGUGAUGCUGUCUCUGCUUGACACAGAAGGUGUGCCAUGCAAGGCCUAGCAUCAAAGGUUUUGAGACGGUUUCCCAAUGCUUAAUUCGCAUGACAAACACCUUCUUUCGGCGACAGGAAAAGGAGCUCCCUUUGCUGUCUAAGCAUGACAGAUUUUUGUGUGAUCCGAGUAUGCGUCACAGGUUUGCAUCCUUCCAGACCCAGACAUAUUUGCACUUGAUACCCGGUCGCGUACUUCCAAGUGCUUGCCGCGUUUUUCGAGAGGGUGGCGACGAGCAGCACGGGUGCAUCAUCCCAGUCCAGUCUGUUCCAGGAACAUCUGAACGGCCUUGGUGGUGGUGGUCUUGGUGGACAGCGAGAUACACAGCAGCUUUUGAUCAUGUCGACACUCGGAGAGGAUUUUUCUUCGGUAUUUAUAUCUUUACAUAGUACAAGAAGACGGGUCGCCCUGAUGGGCGACCCUUUCUUGAGCUUGAUCCUUUUGCAAGAAGAUAUUGAGUAUACGGCAAAAUGCUCACUAAGACUGUUGGGCUAGGCUCCCUACGGAGGGAACGAAAAGGCUGGGAUAGGGGUAGCGCUGGCUCUUCAAAAAACAUGGCGCAUCACGCAGCAGAGCACCCAUAAGAACAUAAGGCAGCUGGAAGCCAACCGAAGAAGACGGGGCACCAUCUUGCGCGGACCUUAUUUUCUUGACUUCGGGGCCAGGUCUUGAGUUGUGCAAUCCCGGGCAGCCGGGCCGGGCAUUUCCAGAAUGAAAUUACCCGCCGAGGCGUUCGCGCGGGGCAAUGUUCGCGCGCGCGACUCUUUGGCCGAUCCGGGGGAGCUUGCUUUGCUACUGUGCGCGGCAACGGAAAAGGGGCCUCGGGGGGGGCCUCCGGGGGGGCCUCAGGAAGGGCCUUAGGGGGGGGCCUCAGGGGGGGCCUCAGAGGGGGGCUUCCGGGGUGCCUACAGUACCCGCGCCAUAUUCUUUGUUGCUACGACCGGCAGCCGGGGGGGCCUUCUGCGCCGCAGGCGCAGCCAGUCAGAUCAGGCGCGGGGAGGUCGGGCGGACAUCGGGCGACCAGGGUGGCACGCGACCCGCAGCGAAGGUUGCCCGCCUUUUUUUGUAUAAUGCGCUCCGUCUGCCGUGCAAAAACAAACACCCCGGGGGCCAGGACGCGUCUUACGGGCCUUGCUUUCUUGACUUCGGGGGCAGGUCUUGAGUUGUGCAAGCCCGGGCAGCCGGGCCGGGCACUUCCAGAAGCUACCCGCCGAGGCGCUCGCGCUUUUGAUGUCGACACCAGGAGAGGAUUCUUCUUCGGUAUUUUAAUCUUUAACAAAGUAUCUUCUACCGCAGAAAAAGGAGCCGAAGAAAUUUCUGUUAUGCGGCAGUUUUUUUUUCGAUGAGAUCAUCAUCAUUUUGGGUGUGAAAUACUCAAAUGCAUACAGGUCAGGACAACGUCAAAUUGUAGUCUAGAAUCGGUGAAAUCGUAUACGAAAAAGUCAACCUGAGGAUGAAACAACAAACUUACUAUCCAGGCUCGUCCAGCAGAAGUGUUUCCCGCAACAAGUGCAGGACUUCCGCAGCAAGAACCCCCGCCCCAGCAAAUCAUGACCAGCACGACCCUUUUCGGCAAGCAGCAGCACGACUUGGUUUUGCCCUUCAGUGGUGGCGAGAGCGAGGUGGAGUUGCAGGCGGUAAAAACAACAGCGUCCUCUUCGACCACCGUCCUCGUUGGGCCGGCCGACAACCGAUACGGCGACAUUCGCAGCGGGGGGAUGAAAAAUGCGGUUGCUGGUUUGCAGAAAAUUUAAAUAAAGAGUUAUUUUCACUUACUUUUUACACCUUUACACUUUUUUAAGUCACAAAAUAAAUCGAAAAUCAAAAUGUCGCUGUUUGAUGACGAUGAAUGGAAUGGAUACUGUUCAAUGCUUAUGCAAAAAAAUUCUUGCAUAUCAUGCGAGAACGAGGUAUAGUACUUGGAGAAUGGAAGGAAAAC